UGAGAGUUUAUUUUAUUUUUGCUGUCAUGUGAUCAAAGAGAUGGUUGAACGAGAAAGAUGUUAAAUCAGGGAACAAAACCGAGCGACACUCCACAAUUCAAUUAAUAAAAGACGUCUCUUUCUCUUUCUCUUUCUCUCAGUAAAGGCGCCCGUGAUGGCCUUCGCCGUCAGACCUUCGCUGGACUACGACCGAUCCGAAGACCUAAAAGCCUUCGACGAAACAAAGGCCGGCGUCAAAGGCCUCGUGGACGCCGGCAUCGAGAAGAUCCCGAGAAUAUUCGUCCGCCCCGCCGACGAACUCGCCCGCGAUUACCCAAUUUCCGACGCCCACCUCAUGAUUCCGGUCAUAGACCUUGGGUUGCCCACUUGCCGGCGAUCCACAGUCGUCGAGGCUGUCCGGCGGGCUUCAGAAACACUGGGAUUCUUCCAGGUGGUGAACCACGGGAUACCCACCAGCGUGCUGGGGAAGAUGCUCACGGCGGCUCGUGGGUUCCACGAGCUGCCCAAGGAGGUUAAGAUGGGAUUCUACACGCGCGAGGAAGAGAGGAAAGUUAAGUUCAACAGUAAUUUUGAUCUGUACCAGUCACCGUCGGCUAAUUGGAGGGACACCCUGUUCUGUGUCAUGGAUCCUGAGCCUCCUAUCCCGGAAGAAUUGCCACAAAUUUGCAGUGUGUUAUUGAAACGCAGAGAUAUAACAAUGGAGUAUUCAAAGCAAAUAAAGAGAUUAGGGUCAAGUUUGUUUGAAUUACUAUCUGAAGCACUUGGGCUCAGAGCUGACUGCCUUACGAGCUUCGAUUGUGCAAAGGGCCAUGCAAUCCUGUCUCACUAUUACCCAGCAUGCCCAGAGCCUGAACUCGCCAUGGGCACAAGCAAACACUGUGAUCCUGAUUUUCUAACCAUCUUACUUCAAGAUGACAUUGGUGGACUCCAAGUCCUCCAUGAAAACCAGUGGAUCAGUGUUCCUCCUGUUCCCGGCGGUUUGGUUGUAAACAUCGGGGAUCUCUUACAGCUCAUGUCUAAUGACAAAUUCAUGAGCGUUGAGCACAGAGUACUCGCAAACCAUGUAGGACCGAGAGUUUCUGUGGCAUGUUUCUUCACCCCACAUCUUUACCCAUCGACAAGGAUGUAUGGACCCAUCAAGGACUUGUUGUCCGAAGAUAAUCCGCCCAUAUAUAGGGAAACAUCGGUGAAGGAUUUCAUUGCAUAUUAUGAUUCAAAAGGGCUUGAUGGGAACUCUGCUCUAACCUAUUUCAAGUUGUCAAGGUCAUAUUAAAAUUAGUAUGGUUUCAAGUCUAGUUUAGGCCUUCAAGUAACGUUGUGUAAGUGCAAUGUAUAUUGUGUAUCAGUCGAGAAUGUACACUUCAAUCUAUUAUUAUUUGGAUUAACAAGUGGAAGGUUUCAGUUCAAUUCAGAUUUGUGCAGAUUCU